AUGGAUGUUGGCGUGGCCUGCUUGCUUGAGAGAGAAUGGCGACUGUGGUAUUCAGCCAAUAAUGGACAGAAAUCAAUGGAGCGGGUGCGGAAGGAACUCUCCGUCAAACUUGAGGAGGUCUCCAAGAAGAUCCUGGUGCUAAAACGAACGGCAUCUCCGGUGCUGGAGGUCGUGGGACAACAUGAUCAAGAACUGGUCCAGGACCAUCUCAGUGAGGUGGACCAGAAGUACCAAGAUCUUCAUGCGACUGUUCAGCGUAAGAUCAUGGAAUUGGAGCUCCUUGCCAGCGAUUACACUAGUAUCGUUGGGGAGCUCGAGAAAUACCUUAUCUGGGUGAAGGAGAGACAUGAUCAGAUGGACGCCUACACGCCCCUCGGACAUCGACUAUCGGACAGGAAAGCUGCUUUUGAUGAUCAUCAGAUGCUUUGCCAGCAAGUUGACGACCGACAGGAACUGUUGAGAAUGAUGGUGGAGAAGUGCGAAGGCCUGAUGAAGAAUAUCAGUAAGAACAAGGGGAAGCAGAUCAGGAAGAAGGUCAAGCACGUCCAAGAUGAGCACCAGAAGUUAUAUCAGCGGACGAGAGACGUUCAGCACCAUCUGGAGGUGUCUUUAGAACUAUGUCAGAAGUUCCAUGGCUUUUUGAAACAGAUACAGGAUUGGUGUUCGGAGAAAGAGGAUGCGUUCAAGACCGAACCGUCCCAAUUGAAAUCUGUGGGCGUUGAGAAACAGAUUGAGAAAUAUCAGUCACUCUCCCUUGAGAUUAGUUCCUAUGAGAUUAACCUGGACAUGCUGAAGUCCCAGGCCCAGAAUCUAAUGGAUAAGAUGAGCAAGGAUGGGCAAGUUGAAGUAAGGAAACUCAUCUCUGAUGUGGAAGGUCGAUACAUCAAGUUAAAAGGUGAACCACAAACGGUAGUCGGACAUCUAAAGGAGGUGUUACAGAACAGGAAACAGUUUGAAGCUGACAUUCGCAAGGUCAGACAGUCGUUAAAGGAAACAUCUGCUGUCUUUGUCGACGAAAUAAACCUUGGGGAUCCAAUCAGUGUGCUCGAGGACCAGCUGAAUAGGCACAAGGUUCUUUUCAAUGCUGCAAAGGUAAUGGAAUCAGUGGUGAUGGAAAUCAAGAGUAAGGCGUGCAUGUUUAGGGAGGAGCUGCAGAAGGAAGACAGGCUGGUCCUAGAGGAGGAGGUCACAGAGUUACAGACAGAAUUCAAUAGCAUAUCAACGCAGCUGGCUGCUCGCCUACAACAGUUAGAGUAUGGACUUGCUACGAGGGGGCAGUAUGAUCAGGACGUGGAUAACUGUCGCAAGUGGCUGCGAUCUGUCAGAGAUGAGAUUAAGAAAUUGAACAUUCCAUGCGGGUGCGGAGUGGAGGAUGCUCAGGAUAAGCUCAAUUGUUACGAGAGAAUUAGAUCCAAAAUCCAUGACUACCAAGUAGAAAUUGACAAAGUUGUGAAUCCACAACACGAACUGCUCAUCCAGUCUCAGGAAUCGAAACGUGAAGAAAUCGACAAACUGCACCAACAGUAUGUCGAUCUUAACCAACAGGUGGAGCUACUGUGUCAGAAGGCAAACUCAGGAUUGAAAUUAAGGCAGCAGUAUUGUAGUCAGUGUACGGAAUUGGUUACCAUGGUUACCGAGUGCGAGAACCAGAUAAAGGAAGUGGAACAGAGCGGGACAUCACUGGUGAUGAAAAUACAAAAAUACAAAAUAACUUUAGAAAGAUCUCAAGCCUUUGAUCAAGAAUUACGUGCUCUUAAUGAUCGAGGUCGACAAGUUGCUGUCGAAGGUUCACCGGUGGACAAAAGAACGAUUAGCGACGAGGUACACAGCCUGAAGAUGCGAAUCCAACACUUGAAACGAGAUGUACAAAAACGGUUGCGUGAAUACGAAGCGGCGUUGGAUUGUCGCGAGGCUUUCCUUCUGCAAAUUGAGGAGACUUUGAAUUGGUUGUGUGGCAAGAAGGCGGAGGUACAGAUGGAGAAGACACUGCCGUUGGAUGCUGGGAUGAUGGAGAGAGAGAUUAGGAAACAUUCUGCAUUUAGUCAAGAGAUUCACGACCACAUCGAAGAAGUCCAGAGUAGGAUUGUACAGCAACAGGUCCAGUUUGAGGAGAUGGAAGAGAGCAUGCCAACUGAGAUGAGAGAUAAGAUAGAUCUUGUUGCCCACAAGGCUCAGGUUGUCAAGAGGAUGGUGGAGAAGAGGACAGUAGAUCUCGAUUGUGAGAAGAUUGACCGAGUCGGGUUUGAUGAUCUGUUCCACCUUUUGAAUGAUUGGUUGAAGGAGGCAGAUGCCAACUUGAAGGCUGCCGAUGGUGGGGUCGACUUUGAAAGCGCUCAGCAGGAAUUGGACAACCACAAGGCUUUCUUCUCUGAGGACUCAACACGUCUGGACCAGCUUUUGUUCCUCUCGGAGAAAAUCAGCCCGUCCUUGGACACGAACGACAAGGCAACACUCAGGGAAAUUGUUACGCAUCUAAACACACGGAUGACACGUGUUCUAGCAACGGCCAACAGAAGGACCGACUCAUUACAGCACUAUAUCGUUUUGUAUUCUGAAUACAAGGUGGCGCUACAUGAGGCGAGUGAUCUUGUCGAGAUGGCUGAGAUACGUUGGGGCAGGGUUGAUGUCACCCCGGUGACGAGUCUGAGUCAUGCUCAUCAGCAGUUGACAGAAGUUAUGGAUUGCAUCUACGAUUUCAAUCCAAAACAAGACCUUAUCGACGAUGUCAAUUCGAAGUCACAAGAACUCCAGCGGAUUGCGUCCUCGCUGUGCCACGAUCAGUUGGAAAGAUUAACAAGGACUGUCACUGAAAGGUGGCGCAAUAUAUGUUUUGAAGCGGAACAGCAGCAAGAAAUGCUUAGGAAGGUGACGUCUCGCUGGCAGGAGUACACGAAUCUGGCUCGUGAUCUUGACCAGUUUAUCACCACUGCGGAGGAGAAGCUUCAUGGGGCGGCACCUGUCUACAGGGGACCAAAACAGGAGCUCAUAACUUAUCUAGCAGCUGCUGAGACUGUUUGCGCCGAAUGUGAAGAGCGGUCCGGCCAACUCCACGACUUGAGGUCAUCAUCGCAGAGGAUAGUUGCCCUACUCUCAUCACCACCGACCAUGGAGAACAUUGAAAAAGACACGGAAGGAUUGGAGUCGAGGUUCGCCGAUCUUCAAUCCAAAUCAACAAAACAAGAAGAGUACAUUCAGACUAUCCUGAGCCAACAGGGGGCGCUUCAGGUCGAGAUCGAGGACCAUAUCAAGUGGAUGAAGGUGACGGAAAGCGACUUGGCCACGUAUGCUCAGAUCCCCCUGGAGGAGAGGGAGGUUGAGGACGCACUAAAUAAGGUCAAGCCAAAAUAG